UUGAUUCGUCCCUCAGAGGCUGCAGCUCCAGAUCCGCGUGUGUUUCUGUGGGCGAGGACACAUAUGGUGAUGAGCACAUGAGUGUUAUUGUCGCCUCCUCCAACUUAAUCUCUGAAGAGGAGGUGCGGCUGCAUCCUCUUUUUUUUCUCCUUCCUCCCUUUAGAUCCCAAAACUGAAUAUUCAACAGCAUUUUUGUGCCUCGAGCUCAUCUUCGAGCAUCAGUUUCGACUGGGAAACACAUCCUCCGGUGGCUUUGUUUUGAUACUUUAUCUAGCGCUGGUCUAAAAUGAGUUUCAGCAGUGACAUGGAUGAGACUGAAGACGGGAGCACCAGAGAGUUUGAGAGCGUGGAGAUGAAUAAGCUGCGUCAGAGCCUGCGCAGGAAGAAGCCCACCUACGUGCCGGAGGCCAGUCGACCGCACCAGUGGCAGGCGGAUGAAGAGGCUGUGCGAAAGGGCAAAUGCAACUUCCCUGUCCGGUAUCUCGGGCUGGUGGAGGUGGAUGAAUCCAGAGGGAUGCAUGUGUGUGAAGAGGCAGUGAAAAAGCUGAAAGUGAGUGGGAAAAAGACAGUGAAGGCUGUGCUCUGGGUGUCUGCUGAUGGCCUGAGAGUAGUGGACGACAAAACCAAGGAUCUGAUUGUGGAUCAGACGAUUGAAAAGGUGUCGUUCUGUGCCCCGGACCGUAACUACGACAAGGCGUUCUCCUACAUCUGUCGUGACGGGACGACCCGCCGCUGGAUGUGCCACUGCUUCAUGGCCCUGAAGGACUCGGGCGAGCGUCUCAGUCAUGCGGUGGGAUGUGCGUUCGCCGCCUGCCUGGAGCGGAAGCAGCGCAGAGAGAAGGAGUGCGGCGUCACGGCCUCUUUCGAUGCCAGCAGAACGUCAUUCGUGAGGGAAGGUUCGUUCCGCAUCUCCUCCGCCGCACAGCAGAGUGACCGCGAGGACAUCAUGAAGCAAAUUCAGGACAAGAAGAAAGAAAUGUGUGGGAUUUCUGCAUUACCGCCUGGAAAUGCAUCUCCUCCAGAAGGGGCGGGGUCACCGGGUGAGAGGGCGGAGCCAGGUGGCCCUCACGCCAUCCCACGCAGACACGCCCCCAUCGAGCAGCUGGUGCGACAGGGAUCUUUCAGAGGCUUUCCUCAACUCAGCCAGAAGAACUCGCCGUUCAAACGACAGCUUUCUCUGCGCCUCAAUGAUCUCCCGUCAACCCUGCAGCGCAAGACCGACUUCCAGACCAAGAACCCAGUUCCAGAGAUGGAUCUGACGGUGGCUGGAGAGGCGGACAGCAUUAACGCUCUGUGCAGCCAAAUCAACAGCUCUUUCACCAAACCAUCUGAAGACCUGUGUGCCAAAACCACCAACAACUGCUUACCCAUCAGCUGCGCUCCACCUGCCAUUCCACCUCCACCUGCCCCUCCGCAAGCUACAAACUCAUGGGUCCAAAUAGAGCCCCCGGUCCAGUCUCCUCCACCCAUUCCUCAGGGCGGCCACAAACGAACCCCGUCCGAAGCAGAACGAUGGCUGGAGGAAGUUGCUAAAGCAGUGAAAUCCCAACAGCAGACUCCACCUACUUUACCACCACCACCCACUCAGCAGCCUCCACCGGUGCCCACCAUGCCCAUCGCACCUGGUUCCCUCCCCACCUCCAUGCAGCCAUUCCCGAUGGCUUUUGACGUCACUCCUGCUCCCGUCAGUAUGUUCACCCAACAGCCACUCCAACCGGCGUUUGUACCUAUGCAGCCGUACAUGCCCACUCUAGCCAACAGCAUGACCUAUCCUAAUGCAAGUGUACCUGUGGUGGGCAUCACACCCUCACAGAUGGUGGCGAAUGUAUUCUGCAGUGCAGCCGGUACAGGAGGUGGAGUGGCGAUUGGGGUCGGGAUGGGGCCUAAGACAGGUACGCUCGGCGGGAGCCAACAUUCUGCAUUUCCCACCCUUCCUGGAGGUUUUUCAACCAACACAUUCGCCUCUCCUCCAACCGUCAACGGCCACCCACAAAACUCCUUUCCAUCAACGACCACCAGUGUUACACAAAACGGUACUGCCGUAAAAGGCAGUUCUGGUUGGCCCAUGGAGAAUCCCAAUCCCACAAUCAACUCCCAGGAAGCCGAGCAUUUUGAUGCGAAGUGGGCCGCCCUGGAGUCCAAAUCACAACCCAAGGCGCAAAACCCGUUUUCCAAUGACUUGCAGAAGACUUUUGAGAUUGAACUGUAAUUGUAAGGAGACUUUGAAAAAGAAGGGACUAUUUCAUACCCCAUUCCCCCC